AUGAAGAGUAAGGCUGACCUUGCAAAGUUUUUUGCCACAUUCACAGAGGCUCUUGAAUAUUGGGGAAAGCUGGCACCGCAGUUCGCAGAUAUAUCUCCCGCAACUGUUGACAAGCCUCUAGAUGAACUUGUCAAAUUGUCGAAAUUGAUUAAAGCUCAUACCACUAAGGUGGGCAUCUUGUACAACCCAGCCAAUCUCAAAUCGGAUGAUCUCAAUGCCCAAUAUACUACAAGUGAGCAGUUGAUGCGAUCUACCAGCAUGCUAGUCACUGUUCUUGCUCAGCUUACUCUGCGCAACCUGGUGCCAGAGUUCUUCGUCAAUGAAGUCACCUACUUGGCAAGCCAGCUUUUUCAGGCAGUCAAAUUUCUUGUCAACGAAUGUAAGAGUAUUGUUGACGACAAUCUCGCCGACGAAGCCCAGUUACGAUUAAUAUCUGUCGGCAAGGUGUGGGAAAUUUGUGAUGAGUUGGUUGCGCUCAUUUUAGGAGGUGAACUUGCAUUACUCGCUACCAAGAUUAAUCAAAGCUUACUCAUUUUUGAUGAUGGAUUUGAAGACUUCAAAGAGUGGGCAGAGAAUCCACAUACUGUGGAGUUAGAUGACAUGUUUGACGAAUUCGACUCUGAUGACUCAGGUGAUGAUGAGGCUGCACCUGUGCCCGCCAUGGAUGAAGCAAAGCAAGACGAAUUGAGAGUUUACGCCAAAAAGUGGGCAAAGAAGCUAGAGUUAGUCAGACUUCUUAUCGCCUCAUUUAAGAAGCUGGUUCCAAAAGCAACGAAAGCGUCUACUGUUAAUGAGAUAUAUCAACUUCAGCAUCAUCUUGGUGGGGCUAUUGAUAAGUUUAUCAGCGAUCUUAUGCUUGAAGGAGCAAUUGAUGACGAACUUAAGAAGCAUUCGGAUGUUGUAUCGGCGGACUGUUAUAAAUUGGUUAAUAUCGCUAUCGGCAUACAUAAUGAGAAGAAGGCCAAGUGGUACAUUACAUGGAAAGUGAAGUACGACGAAGCCUAA